GCUGCCUGUCAGUCGCUUAUAAAAGUUGAAACAGGCAAGUGUGCGUAUCUGAUCGAGUCUUCUGACAGAAAAUCGCUUUUCAAGUGAUUUGCAGUAGGCAGCAAAGUGAAGCACCGACGGCAGUGAAAAUAGCAGUUAAUCGUAGAUACAGUGGUUUUCAGUGCGCACGAUAUUGACCAUUCUGACCGGAGAACGUGUGCUCCGUAAAAUCGUGAAGCAGCAGUGUUAUCGCGUGUAUCUGAUUCAUCGCAAACGCCCUGGUACCUUCCAGGAAAAUUGACCAGCAAGAAUCAAGCAAAGCUGCAAAAUGUCAGUGAUUGGAAUUGAUUUCGGCAACGAGUCCUGCUAUGUGGCGGUUGCUAAGGCCGGUGGCAUCGAAACCAUCGCUAAUGACUACAGUUUGCGAGCCACACCAGCUUGCGUGGCGUUUGCGGGACGUAACCGAGUGUUGGGUGUUGCCGCCAAAAACCAACAAGUAACGAACAUGAACAACACGAUCGCCAACUUUAAGGGAUUGCUUGGGCGAAAAUACAACGACCCUUACGUCCAGGACGAGCUUCGUACGCUACCGUACAGGACGGAAGCUUGCCCGGACGGUGGUAUCGGCAUAAGGGUGGACUACCAAGACGAGGAGCACGUCUUUACACCGGAGCAGAUCGUGGCGAUGCUAUUCACCAAGCUAAAAGAUGAUGCAUUUAAAGAGCUUAAGACGCAAAUCAACGACUGUGUCAUCACCGUGCCGUCUUACUUUACAAACGCUCAACGUCAAGCGCUACUGGAUGCGGCCAACAUUUCUGGUCUGAACGUGUUGCGGCUCAUGAAUGAGACUACGGCCACGGCUCUAAGUUAUGGCUUCUACAAGCAGGAUCUGCCUGCUCCGGAAGAAAAGCCGCGAAACGUUAUCUUCGUCGAUUGCGGCCAUGCUUCGUUACAGGUGUCGGCCUGUGCCUUCCAUAAGGGCAGUCUGAAAAUGUUGGCUAGCUGUUCGGAUUCUGUCGGUGGUCGUGAUUUUGACAUGGUGUUGGCCACGCAUUUUAACAAGGAGUUUCAGACUAAGUACAAGAUAGAUGCUUCGUCGAAGAAGAGAGCUUUCCUGCGUCUGAUGGCGGAAGUGGAAAAACUGAAGAAGAACAUGUCAGCCAAUAGCACAAAACUGCCGCUGAACAUCGAAUGCUUUAUGAACGAAAUAGACGUCCAUUCGUCGAUGCAGCGUUCGGAAAUGGAAGAGCUGUCGGCUCACUUGUUCGGGCGCAUUGAGGCAACGAUGCGUAAGUUGCUCGCCGAUUCGAAGCUUACGCCAGAGGAAAUCCAUUCGGUGGAAAUUGUCGGAGGUAGCAGCCGCAUUCCAGCUAUCAAGCAGCUGAUCGAGCAAAUCUUCGGCAAGUCCGCCAGCACCACGCUCAACCAGGACGAGGCUGUGUCUCGUGGAGCGGCAUUGCAGUGUGCUAUCAUGUCGCCUGCGAUGCGCGUACGUGAUUUUACCUGCACGGAUGUGCAGGCCUAUCCGGUGUUGAUAUCGUGGAUGGACGCAGAUGGUGCGCAUGAGAUGAAAGUAUUCGACCAAUACCAUGCAACACCAUUCUCGCGGCUGCUGACCGUCCACCGCAAGGAACCUCUAACGAUUAAUUUGCAUUACGAGCCGAACAGUGUGCCCUAUCCGGACACGUUUAUCGGUUCGUACCACUUGAAGGGCAUUAAGCCGGACGGCAACGGCGAGGCACAGGAGGUAAAGGUGAAGGUUCGCAUCAACCACCACGGUAUCAUUACGAUAUCGAGUGCGACGAUGUACGAGCGUAAGGAAAGUGAAGAACCGGCAUCGCCUACGCCAGCCACCAAUGGUGACCAGCAGAAGGGUGGUGAAGCAACGCAAAAUGCAUCAUCCCCGCAAGGCGACGAAUCGGGCAAGGUUGGAGAACCGAUGGAUAUUCAAGAGGGUAGCGAUGAUGAGCAUCCUAAAAAGGACUCUAAACCCAACGAUAGUAGUGGAGAGGGUUGGACGCAACGUGUCACCAGAUGGUUCACAUCGGAUAAGAAGAAAAAAGUUACGACCAAACAGGUGGAGUUGACGAUUGACGCUAAAACUCACGGAUUUGUGCAUGGCGAAUUGUCCAAGUUCUUCGAAGAAGAGAUGAAAAUGAUUGCAAACGAUCGCCAAGAGAAGGAGCGCAUUGACGCCCGAAAUGCGCUGGAGGAGCAGGUGUACGAAGUGCGUGAAAAAAUACAAGAGGACGGCGUCCUGCACGCAUACAUCGAUCCUCAGGACGCGGCUGCAAUUUGCCGGGAGCUGGAGGAAACGGAGAAUUGGCUGUACGAGGAAGGAGAAUCCUGCGAAAAGGGUGUGUACAAGGAACGGCUAGAAAAAAUGCGCGCCAAGAUUGAGCCGGUUCGAAACCGUUGCGAAGAGUUUAGCGGCCAUGAGCAGGCAUUCACUGAGCUGGGACACGCCGUUCAACAAGCGUUGAAAGCGGUCGAACAGUAUCGUGCAAAGGAACCGAAGUAUGAGCAUCUUACGGAAACGGAAAUGAUUAACAUUACCGAGGCGGCACAAAAGGCACAAAAGUGGUACGAAGAGGCACGGUCGAAGCUGGUCAGCGUGAGGAAAACGGAAGAUCCGCCGGUGAAGUUGGCCGACAUUCGUCAUGAGACGCAAACGCUAUCGACGUGCACGAACUCGGUGCUGAAUAGACCGAAGCCGAAACCGCCAACCCCGCCAGCUGAUCAGCAGAGCAAUUCGGCCACGUCGGGCAAUGCUGGACAGGACGCGCAAUCGAAAGCCACGGGCGGUGAUCCUAAUGCCCCGAAACAAACGACAGAGGAUUCCAUGGAUGUGGAAUAGACUUAUCAUCUUGUUUGGUAGCGUUUAACUUACAGCAGCAGCAGCGCAGCAGCAAUCUUAUUAACCAGUUCAUAGCACAUCCAAAACGCUAGCGUAAUGAAAUUCUGUAAUUCUGUUCCGGAAGCUCACAUUUCCUUGUAUAACUUUUGCUCCUUACUACAGGGUCUCAUUGCUACUAGUGGUACCCGUCCCCGAUAAGAGAAUGAGUUGUAAUUGCUUAAUUUAUUGCGAAGGAAUAGUUAGGUCACAUAUGCUAAGCUGGCUUCACACCACACCACACUAUAGUUUAAUUUGAACAAGUUCACAAUAGGGCAGGUCACGAAACGAGCUGGCAAACAAGACGGUUUGAUAGAUUUAUUGACAUUGAGCUUGAGGUAAUUAGUUUACACUUACACGAACCCCGGCCCGGAUUAAGAGUAGAGUAAUUUAACUGGAAAUAACAUUUGCCAAUACAAUAAUUCAUUUUAACUAACCCUCUUUGCCUUCUGGAAAGCAGAGCGAACCAUUGUACAUCUCUAUCAGGUUGGAGCUGAUGAUUUGUAAUGAUUCAUAGAAUUCAAAGAAACGGGCAAAGCGUCCGUCACUUCAUUCAAUUGCGCUACAUAUCUAAUUUGUCCUUUUUUCAUUAUUUUUUGGUUAAGCAAAUAAAAGCUGGGCUAUCGUAAACACUACCCGAAAAUGGGCAUUGGACACGUAAAAUAGGCGGGAAAUUGCUUUCAUUUCAAUUGGUUGUAGUGGAAUACGUUUUCUUGUCACAUUCAAAACGCAUUAAUGAACCGCGUUGGCGCGUAGUAAUCGUGCAUCGUAGAAACUCCCCGUGAUCGUAAGCUUCCUUCAUUUGCUGUUGCAAUUAUCUUUUAAGUCAUGUAAAGAACAAAUCGAAUAUUAUUUUCUUAUACUUUUUACCGUAAAACAAUUGUGCUUGUGCGAGACGAUUGAUUGGUUGCCACAUUGCAAUUACCCGAAGGUUACAUGAUGUUAGAUGUUUGUACUGAAGUGGUAAAUGCCAUUGGAACACGCUUGUGGAGAAUAAACGCAAAAAGUUGAAAAGAAAACCAUCGGAUGUAAAGAAUAGCUAGAUGUUCUUAUAAAAUAACUCUGAAUGCGAUUUGGAAGUAAAACUCUAGCACUCAUGGACACCUUUCAAAGACGCUGUUAAUCGUACGAUCCUGACAUAACGUGUAACAAAUGACAACGGCAUAUGAAAAGAAAUAAUAAAUUCUGUAUUAUGUACUAAA